AUGUAUAUUAACCGUAUGAGUUUAAAUAAUAUGAAAGAAGAAAAAAAUAAUUGUAAUGAUGAUAAUUUACCUACAAAUGGAGAUAUAAAUGACAAUGGAAUGAGUAUCAUAUCAUGUAUAAAUAAUAAUUUAAAAAAAAAAGAUUCAGAUGAAAAAAUUAAAAUAUAUGUUGUUAUAUAUAACAUAGGAAAGAAGAAAAAUGUGGGAAGUAUAGUUCGAAGUUGUGUUGCUUUUAAUGUUCAUAAAAUAUUUAUUGUUGGUAAAAGAAAGAAAGAAAUAAAUUUUUUUGGUAAUAUGGGUACAUAUGAUUAUAUAACUAUAGAAUAUUUUGAUAAUAUUUAUGAAUUAAAAGAAUAUUUAAAAAAAAAUGAUAUAUUAUUAUAUGCAUGUGAAAUUACUGCGAAUGCUUUAUCUAUUACUACAAAUCCAUAUGAAAAUAAGGAUACUGCUUUCUUAUUUGGAAAUGAAGGAACAGGGAUUCAUGAUAAUGUUUUAAAAAUAUGUGACAAAAUUAUUUACAUUCCACAAUAUGGAAAAGGUACUGCUUCAUUAAACGUAUCUGUAUCUUGUGCUAUUAUUUUACAAAAUUUUGCUGUGUGGGCAAAUUAUGAACAAGCCGAAAUACAAAAUAAAAAAUUUAUUGUACAAAAAAAAAUGAGUAAAUUGCAGAAAUAUUUAAAUCCAACUGAUGAUAUGUUGAAACAAAUACAUUUUAAAAGAUCCUUAAGAUCUCAGAAAAAAAUUGAAAAUCAUAUCAUAUCAUUGGAAAACUUCAUAUGA